AUGGCCUUUACAUCCCAGUACCGAAUGCCCGGUACCUACUUUGACGCACAACCCGCCGGAGUUCACCCUGGCGUCUUCCGACCACCCGCUUCCCCCUCCGCCGGUUCUUCCUACUGUUUCGCCAGAGCAAACAGCUACCACGCCGAAGCAAAUACACCGUCAGCUCAGGCAAAAAGGAAACGGCGCAUCAAUGCCUCCCGCGAGGCUACUCCGCUGAAUGAAUGGAACGAUGGCAACAUGAAUCUAGACAGCUCGAGCGAACUGCCAAGACACGAGACCCCUUUACCGAUCCGAGGAGCCCGAUACACCCUAGCUGGCCAGCUCGAGACACCUGGUGGCGGCAUCAACACGCCUUACGACAACGGUAACUUGGAUGAGAGCAUGUACUCAGACGGCGAUUAUCGAAGAGCCUUGGGAUCAAAACGACCACACGAAGAGAUGGAAUCGCCCGUUCCAGGCCAGCCGACUGUUCUGGUUCAGCCUAGCCAUCCAGUCGCCGGCGGCUGGAGCCGCUUUGCGUUCAACACUAUUGGUGGGGUCGUAGGCAAAGUCUGGGAAUUCUGCAAGGCGGGGGCCUUCAUCGGCUUCUCUGCUGGGGGUGGCAAGGCUUACACCAUUGAUGGCCAAAGCAUUCGUCCCUCUUCAGCUGCCACCUCAGGGUUGCCCACGCCUCAACCAGAAUCAUCCGAGAAGUUCAACGAAAAAUAUGAAUGGAGACAACAGCAAAGUCUCCAAAAUUUGGAUACUCCCGUCGGGGAUAUCACGCCGCCCGGAGGACACCCUCAGCCCCUCUUUACAUCGUAUGCCCGGGAGCCAGACCAAGCUCUGAACCCCGAACUAGAGCUUGAGGUCGAGGUCGAGGCUGAGGCCACACCUUCGCGACCCGCCGUAAAACGCCGACAGACGAGUGCUGGGAAUCAUGACGAGCUGCGAAACUGGGUUGUGGUGGACGAGUCAGCACCAGGCAAUAGGCCAGUUUCGAGGGCAUCGAUGCGGCCAGCAUCCCGCAAUAUGCGCCCUUCUCUGGUCACAGGCCGGAGGAUUAGUGUUCCCAAGCCUCGUCUCAGCUCGAUCCCGAUCCACAACCGCCGCCAAUCUACGGCCAGCCACGAAUACAAUACCCCGGACACCGCACCACUGUCAUAUCAGGAACCAGCAAGCUUUGCCAGUGUGAGAUCUCCGGAGCCGCCGAGGACCUUGACCGGGCCCUCGCCGAGCCGAAUCCCACUUCCCAUGCAGUCUGCCGGCUCGAGUCCGAACCCAUUCGCAAAGACGACCGUCUCGGCCCGGCGUCAGAGUGCCAUUCCGUCACCAGCACAAUCCUUGAUGAGCCCACCUAUACGCUCGCAUCGCCGCUCCAAUAGCAGUGCCUCAGCAGCGUCACCUCGUGGUAAACUCAAGGAGUUUGGGGUGGACUCUAUCCGCGCGAGCCCUCGGCUCGACGUGGAAGCCAAGAAGUUGGCAGCCAGACGAAUCAAGGACGAACAUGACACCGAUGCGCGGAUUAAUGAUUUCAACCAGAGGCUCAAGGAGAUGAUUCGCCAAGGCAGGGAGGCUCUUGGCACCAAGGUCGAAGUGGAUGACGAUGGUUGCGGCUGGGAGGACGACUGA